AGGCUAGUAAUUGAAUUAGAGGAGAGGAGCGGUGGGAGGAGGGGCGCUGCGCGGAGCUGCUGACAGGUAGAUGAGCUGUGCGCUGUCCGCGGUGCUGAAACCUUCUCCGGCUGCUGCCUCACCGGAGAUCCUCAACUUAGAUUAGACCGGAGCUCCGUUGACCUGCACCGGUUGAAGAUUUUCCACUUUUCUCCACCUCGAUUUCUCAAAGAAUAGUGGGGGAAAAAAAUCUAACUUUCUGUUUCCUGUGUUUGCUGUUUUCUUAUCGCCUGCCUGGAUCUUAAAAUGGCACUGCAUGGAUUAACAUUGCGCAAGGCAGAAACAGACUUAUUUGACUGCUGUUUUGUGACUGUGAAACCAGCCCUUUCAGACUGAACGUUCUCCAUUUUCUGGCUCAUCUUUUCAGGACAUCGAGAUUUUCUGUUUAAAAGACAGCAGCGCGUUAUUUGGAUUAAUAUCUUAACAACAUGCUCAUUAAUGCAGCACUUCCAUUUGUUAUAGUAUUGUAGAUUCUUAAAGAUAUUUUGGAUAUGGAGCCCGGCACGGAGAAAGCUGCCCCUACCACUAAGGAGGGAAUAAAACAGCUCGCAGGAAAGGCCCUCGGAAAGAUUUACAAGAGGCUGGAAAAGCGGCAGCAGACAGGUGAGGCGAUCGAGCUGACGGAGGAUGGGAGACCCACAGCGGAGCAGGAGCGGAAGACGCCCCUGUGUGACUGCACGUGCUUCGGGGCUCCACGCAGAUACAUCAUCGCUAUGCUGAGCGGGCUCGGCUUCUGCAUCUCCUUCGGUAUCCGGUGUAACUUGGGUGUGGCCAUCGUCAGCAUGGUCAAUAACAGCACGAUCCAUCAAAACGGCAAGAUCAUCAUACUAGAGAAAGCGAAAUUCAACUGGGGCCCAGAGACCGUGGGGAUGAUUCAUGGCUCCUUCUUCUGGGGCUACAUAGUGACUCAGAUACCAGGAGGGUAUAUCUCCUCAAGACUGGCUGCUAACAGAGUUUUCGGUGCUGCCAUCGUGCUGACAUCCAUCCUGAACAUGUUCAUUCCCUCUGCCGCCCGGACGCACUAUGGAUGUGUCAUCUUUGUGAGGAUAUUACAAGGGUUGGUGGAGGGAGUGACUUAUCCAGCCUGCCACGGGAUCUGGAGUAAAUGGGCUCCACCGCUGGAGAGAAGUCGUCUGGCAACCAUCUCCUUUGCAGGAUCCUAUGCUGGUGCAGUGAUAGCCAUGCCUAUGGCUGGGAUCCUGGUGCAGUACACUGGAUGGCCCUCUGUCUUCUAUGUGUAUGGAUGCGUUGGGAUAUUUUGGUACAUGUUCUGGGUCUUGGUGUCCUAUGAGAGCCCAGCGGAGCACCCGACCAUCACUAUCGAGGAGCGCCGCUACAUCGAGGAGAGCAUCGGGGAAAGUGCACAGAUGAUAGGAGCGAUGGAAAAAUACAAGACCCCCUGGAAGAAAUUCUUCACCUCCAUGCCCGUCUAUGCAAUCAUCGUGGCCAACUUCUGCAGGAGCUGGACCUUUUAUCUGCUCCUCAUCAGCCAGCCGGCAUACUUUGAAGAAGUGUUUGGCUUUGAAAUCAGCAAGGUUGGAAUAGUGUCAGCGCUCCCUCACUUGGUCAUGACCAUCAUCGUGCCGUUAGGAGGCCAGUUAGCGGACUACCUGCGGACGCACAACAUCAUGUCCACCACUACGGUCCGGAAAAUCAUGAACUGUGGCGGGUUCGGUAUGGAGGCCACUUUCCUGUUAGUGGUUGGUUAUUCUCACAGUAAGGGGGUGGCCAUCUCUUUCUUAGUUCUGGCGGUGGGUUUUAGUGGAUUUGCAAUAUCAGGUUUCAACGUCAACCAUCUGGAUAUCGCUCCUCGUUAUGCCAGCAUACUCAUGGGAAUAUCCAACGGAGUGGGGACCCUGUCAGGGAUGGUCUGCCCUCUAAUCGUGGGAGCCAUGACAAAGAACAAGACCCGGGAUGAGUGGCAGUACGUCUUCCUCAUUGCUUCCCUAGUGCAUUAUGGAGGAGUGGUGUUUUAUGGGAUCUUUGCAUCUGGGGAGAAACAGCCAUGGGCCGACCCUGAAGAAACCAGCGAUGAGAAGUGCGGCUUCAUAGAAGAGGAUGAGCUCGCCGAGGAGACAGGCGACAUCACGCAGGGAUACGGCGCGAUGGGCGGUCCGGCUAAAAGCUACGGGGCCACUUCACAGCUCAACGGAGGAUGGGUGCAGGACUGGGAUAAGACGGAGGAGUAUGUGCAGGAGCCGGCCGGAAAGAUAUAUGCUGAGCGCGGCUACUCUUAAGAGCAGCCGGUUGUGGUGAGUCUGCUUACAGAAACAGAAUCUCAAUCACAGAUUGCACAAUAUUAUCUUAGAUAUUUAAAUCCAUUCUGUGUAUUCAAGUAAAACGGUUACUAGUUUCAAAAAGCCAAUGUAAAGAAGUAGUUAAUUGCAAUGCAGAACAAUCCUCAUUAGAUUAUCACAUGUCUCUCAUUACAUCUACCUACUGUAGGGCUUCACUAUACAGAGAGCAAAGAGAAAUGCAGGCCUAUGUUGUACUUCUUCUUAGGCACCCAAACCUCAUCAAUCUACUUGAACAACAUGAGCCAGAUGACACUGCAGUUGACCAUCAUAUAGGGUCUUUCUCUGAAAUACCACUCUGAUUGCACUGAAACUUUAGGUAUUCUAAAAACAAGAUUAUAUUCUGUUUCUCAAAUGUGUUUUAUGUACUGUAUAUACCUGUAUACUGUUUCUGUGAGACUAUUGUGGAUUUUGGGUCGUUGAUCUGUGUUAACAUUAUUAUAAAAGGCCAUAUUUUUCAUGGACAGUACCUUUUCAGGGAGAUGUCUGCUUGCAAAAAAGGUCUCCCUCUCGUCGAGCGAGGCCUGUAAUACACUAUAAGACAAAAAUAGCGUGAGUGAAGUGGAACCGUAGAGUUUUAGUGUGUGUUUGUUUGCAUGAAUUUGCUCAGAUCAGUGUAUCAGAUGCAGCCGCCUCACAGUCAUUGAUAGUCCUCAUCCGGCUCACUGCUUUGUUCUUAGAUAAACGUCUUCUGCCAUUAUAAAUAAUAAAAUGAACUUUCAUAAUCAGGUGCCAGUCGUGAUGUGAGACAAAUCAAAAAAGUUUUGAAGGCAAUUUCUCAGAAGACAUUGUUUAUUGAUGUUUGGUGUGCACUGCAAUAAAUUCUGUGUACCAGCCGCCACCCAUCACAUUCUGUUUUGUAAUGUAACACUCGCUUGCUGUAUCUAACUGUAAUUGUUUUGGAGUCAUGUGAUGCUCAACAUUGUGUGUUUUAACAAAUUACUAGUGUCUGGAGAAUCCAGCUUUAGUGCUCAUGAUGCAGGAUGUGUUGUUGCAUUUUGACAGCGAGGAAUGCAGUAAUGUAUGUGAACAGCCAGGUUGUUGUGAUCUCUUGGUGUUUCUUGGUUGUUCUCAUUGUCACCAAAAUGACUUUGUUGACACUUUGAUAUUGUCACGUUUGAGUGGACCACAUGAGUUAGUAGAUGGCUCUACCACCAGACUUUAUUUGCUAGGUGAACACUUUCUUCAUUUGCUGUAUGAAAUUUGCAAGGAUGUUUAAAAAUAUAUGAAUAUUUAAGAAUGUUUAAGAUGACCAAAAGAUGCUAUUACGGCUUUGUGCCUGAAAUUUAUGUAAACAAGAUAAAUGUGAUUUUAUGGAUUCUAAUAUUGUGUUUAAUGAAGAGGUAUGUUGAUGUCAAAAAGUGUUAUAAAAAAUACUCAUAUCAUUUUAUAAAAAAACCCAACCAAAGGUCA